CAGUUCAGAGAAACAGAAACUGAAAGUAUUGUUGAGCUGUUGUGUGUUUGUGUCUCUCUGUAUUCAUGCAGUAAAAUGGCAGAAGCCAGAUUUUCUCAGGAUGAGUUCACAUGUCCAGUGUGUCUGGAUCUCCUGAAGGAUCCAGUGGCCAUUCCCUGUGGACACAGUUACUGUAUGAGCUGUAUUACAGACUGCUGGGAUCAGGAGGAUGAGAAGAGAGUCUAUAGCUGUCCUCAGUGCAGACAGACCUUCAGUCCAAGACCUGCUUUAAGUAAAAACACCAUUCUGGCUGAAAUGGUGGAGAAACUGAAGAAGACUAAACUUGCUGCUGACUGUUACGCUGGAGCUGGAGACGUGCAGUGUGACGUCUGUACUGGAAGAAAAUACAAAGCCGUCAAGUCCUGUCUGGUGUGUCUGGAGUCUUUCUGUCAAACUCAUUUUGACCGUCAUGAGGAAUAUCACUCUCGUAAGCCACACAAAGUGAUCGAUGCCACUGGACGACUGCAGGACAUGAUCUGCCGUAAACAUGAUAAAGAGCUAGAAAUGUACUGUAUCACUGAUCAACAAUGCAUCUGUGUGUGGUGUAAGGAGUCUGAACAUAAAAACCACAACACUGUAUCAACUGCAGCACAGAGGACAGAGAAACAGAAACAGCUGAAGGAGACGCAGAUGAAGAUCCGUCAGAGAAUCCAGCAGAGACAGAAAGAUCUUCAGCAGCUGAGAGAGGCUGUGGAGUCUCAUAAGCGCUCUGCACAGACAGCAGUGGAGGACAGUGAGAAGAUCUUUACUGAGCUCAUCCGCUUCAUUGAGAGAAGCCGCUCUGAGGUCACACAGCUGAUCAGAGAUCAGGAAGAGGCUGCAGUGAGUCGAGCUAAAGGACGACUGGAGCGACUGGAGCAGGAGAUCAAUGAUCUGAGGAGGAGAGACACUGAGCUGGAGCAGCUGUCACACACAGAUGAUCACAUCCAUUUCCUGCAGAGUUUCCAGUCUCUCUCAGCACCUCCUGAAUCUACAGAUGAACCCGACGAUCCCUUCAGUUCUCUCUUCUCUUUUGAUGGCAUGAGAGAAUCUGUCCGUCAGCUGAGAGACAAACUGGAGGAUUUCUGCAAAGAGGAGAUCAAGAAGAUCUCUGACAGAGUCACUUUCACCAACAUGAAUCCCAAGACCAGGAACGACUUCCUACAGUAUUCCCAUCAGCUCACUCUGGAUCUGAACACAGUGAAUAAAAACAUCUGUCUGUCUGAGAGGAACAGAGUGAUUACUGACACUGGCACAAAGCAGCCGAAUCCUGAUCAUCCAGACAGAUUUGAUCAUUAUUGGCAGGUGUUGUGUAGAGAGAGUGUGUGUGGACGCUGUUACUGGGAGAUUGAGUGCAGUGGGAUUGUUUAUAUAUCAGUGUCAUAUAAGAGCAUCGGCAGAAAGGGAUCGGGUAAUGAGUGUGCGUUUGGUCUUAAUGAUCAGUCCUGGAGUUUGUACUGCUCUUCCUCCAGUUACUCAUUCUAUCACAAUAACAUACGCACUGUUCUCCCUGUAAAGUCCAUCAGCAGGAGAAUAGGAGUGUAUGUGGAUCACAGUGCAGGAACUCUGUCCUUCUACAGCGUCUCUGACACAAUGAGCCUCAUCCACACAGUCCAGACCACAUUCACUCAGCCGCUCUAUCCUGGGUUUUGGGUUGGUUCAGGAACAUCAGUGAAACUGUGUUGAUGUUUCAGAAUAGACUGUAGAGAGAUUUUACCCAUAAUACUUUGAGCUUCAUGAUAAAUCAGCAACAGUGAGAUAUUAUAGAGUCUCUUAUUUCCUCUUUACAUUAUUCAUCAUUGUUCAUUUGAACUUUUGCUGUUGAAAUAGACAAUAUGAAUUGUGUGUGUGUUAGUCAUGGUGAGUGACAAUGUGUAUAUGUGCUUUUCUCAAGCUCUAAUUGUGUUAAUGGAAAUUGGAUGGAUGGUGGGUGGAUGGAUGGAUGGAUAGAUGGAUGGUGGAUGGAUGGAUGAUAGAUGAAUGGAUGGAUGGAUGGUGGAUGAUGGAUGAUAGAUGAAUGGAUGGAUGGAUGGAUGGAUAGAUGGAUGGUGGAUGGUGGAUGAUGGAUGAUGGAUGAUAGAUGAAUGGAUGGAUGGAUGGAUGGAUGGAUGAAUCCACUUUUUGUUCAAAAAGAAGAUAACCAUGCAAUGUGCAUGCGCACACAAGGAUAGUUAGUAGACUGACGUCGGCAGACUUGAACUUGAAAAAUGGUGUGUAUUGACGUUUUUCAGCGGUUGGAACAACAUACCUUCUGAUUUUUAUUGAGGUUUUUUCACAUUAUAACUACUAGGAAGAGAUGAUCGGAUCACAUGCAACUUGAACUGUGGCAAAUUGUCACAUUAAAAAACUGUCAUAAAAAAAAAGAAAAGAAAACUGCGACUUUGUUUCAUACCAAAAUUAGCUUGCUCUGUCUUGUUUAUCGGCACGUUGUCAGUGUCCUCUUUGGCUUGUUGGACGUAGCAACAGUUACUAAGAGGAGCAGGUCUUUGCCAUGUUUAAAGUCCCCCUGUAGUCAAUAAUUUUAUCCCUUAAAACACACCUUUGAUCACAAAUAUGAAUAUGCAAAUUAGCCUCUACUCACUCACACCAGCUCAGAGAUCCACUCAACUUUACUGCAAACGCUGCACAAUGGCAAGUGCAAAUACUGGUUUAAUUCAGCCAUAUAUGUUUGAACCAGAAACUGAUUCAGAAGAAAAAGUUGAAGAGUGCAUUAUACAGGCUCAUAUACAAGUCGAUGUAUCAGAAUGGUAAUGCGUUUUAUGUUCCGCUUUCUACAACAUCGGACACAUAACGGUAAUUAAUAUGAUUAGCCUUUUGCUUGACUAUGUUAUCAAACAGCUAAUGUUGCUAAUGUUACACAAACCAUGUUCCUGUUCGCCAUCUCAGAGUCAGACA